AUGGACGAUGAAGGUUUAGAUUACUCCAUCAGGAAGAAAUUGGAUACUGAAUAUCUGCGAGAUAUGGCCCAAUUGGCUGAUAGAGUUCGCCAGGUCAAAAGAUUAAAGGUUGAGAAGGCUAGAGCAAAUAAAAGCUAUAAAAGGAAAGCUUUACCUACGUCGAAUAUAACCAAAUGGGUCAAUUUUGUGAUACAAAGAAGAGUUGAGUACCUUUUUCUCCGUGUUAACUCACUUGUGGCACAUUAUCCCGAAUUGCCCAUCGCCAUUCUCACUUGCAAAACCCUUGUGGUUCUCAAGCUUUCUCGUUUCUGCAUGAAAGAGGAUUAUUCUGUUGCACUUCCGUCUCUCAAAACCCUUCGUUUGAAAAAUAUUUCAUUCCCAAAACUUCGAGAUUUUAUGUUGUUUCUAACUGGAUGUCCAAUUCUUGAGGAUUUACAUUUACUCACUGAGGUGACAUUUGGUUCCGACGAAUCUCUCACCGUUAACGAGUGGAAGGGCUUUUGCUUAAGUAACUUGACAAGAGCUGAUAUUCAUUGCGCUUAUUCUUAUUUUCCAUUAAAAGCAUUUCACAAUGUGCAUUCUCUGCGCUUUCAAAUUGAUCAGGUGGUGCAUUACCAGAAUGAUUUGAUUCCUACUUUUCAUAAUUUGACACAGUUGGAGCUUAUUUCUCUCAGAUAUAGUUGCCAGUUCUUAGUUGAAGUUCUAAAUCACUGCCCUAAGCUUCAAAAGCUCGACCUUCGUCAGGCCAACUUGGACAAAAUAUGGAAUAGGAAAAAGGAUAGAGAAAAUUGGGUAGAUCCGGUUGUUGUUCCGCAAUGCCUUGCAUUACACCUUAAAACAUGCAAUCUUUUCAACUUCUUUGGCCUACCAGAUGAGCUUAUGCUAGCAAGUUAUAUCUUGAAGAAUGCAAGCAUUUUACAAACCAUGAAAAUUUGGAACUGUGGGCAUUCCAAAAACAAAAGAAUAAUAUCCUCUUUCCCAAGGGCAUCUUCAACGUGUAAACUUACUGUCAUUUACUUAGCUAUAUCAUUCCAGUCAUUUAUUUAG